CGGCUGCUGCUGCUCUGUGUCAGUCCGUUUCAGCAGGAGAUUAGGAUGGCUCUCCGUGGCCGCUGCUGGCCCGCGCUCUUCCCCCGCGGAAGUUAAUCUGGGGCGGAGGCGGGAGGAGAGGGGAACCCCCUCGGGCUUGCAGCGAGGUGGGGAGCCUCGGCGGCGGGCGCGCAAAAAGAGCCCAGGCAGGGGCGAGCCCGUGUGGCUGGCUCAUCAUGGCCCAGCCCGCCCAGCUGAACCUCCUGGAGCCUGGCUGCCCCAUCGAGGUGGAGCACGAUCGGAAGAGGAGGCAGUUCACCGUCAGGCUGAAUGGUUGUCACGACAAAGCAGUCCUGCUGUAUGAGUAUGUGGGGAAGAGGAUAGUGGACUUACAGCACACAGAAGUACCUGAUGCCUACAGAGGAAGAGGAAUAGCCAAGCACUUGGCAAAGGCAGCUUUGGAUUUUGUGGUCGAAGAGGACUUGAAAGCUCACCUGACAUGUUGGUACAUUCAGAAAUACGUCAAGGAGAACCCUCUGCCUCAGUACCUGGAGCGUUUGCAGUCUUAAUGCAGGAAAAACUGUGCACACCUGCCUGCCUGCCUGGACACUAGGAAGCCCUCUCCUGACUGUCCAGCACCUACCUUUGCUCCUGUGCUCUUUGGGGAAGCCCAAACUGCACAAGACGUGCUCAGAAUUCUUAUUUUUAUAACCACAAAUGUGGGACUCCUCCACAAUGCUUCCAUCUGCCCUUGGGGCCCUUCCAACAGCUUGGCUGACCUGGGAUCCAUUGUUUACCUUGGCCUUCUUCUCUUGGAAGGAACCCAUCGGGUGUAAAACGAGGUUUUCUGUUGGCUUUGUUGGCUCAUGUCAAUACCAAGGGGGAGAGGCGGUCUCCUUCGACAGAGUACUACCUGACAGGGCCCUCUCUUUCUUCCCAGGGAAUAAGCAGUCAGUGAAACCAUCUUGAGAACAUGCCACCAGCCUGCUUGCCAUCCCCAAGCGGAGUUGAAAAAGCUGGAAAACUACAAUCCUGAGGUAGCAGGGAGUAGUUGAGAUGGUCUUUGGAAGCACAUUUCAGCAUGGGGAGAGGAACUGAACAAUGCAGAAUAAACCAUGGCCAUUGCAUGGGCUGGAAACCCAUGGGAGGGAUUUCCAGGUACAAAUGCAGUAAAUGUUGCUUCAGAGGCAAGAAGACAGUAUCUCCUGCAGAAAAAGUCACUGAGUGAGAAAUUUUGAACAGGUGUCCGGCCCACACACAGGCAUGAUCUCGGUUCAUUGCAGCUACUGUGCAAAGCUGGAAGAGCAACCCGGUGAUCUAUUGGUCUGGGAUGGAAGUCUGCCGCAGAUUUGAGGAGGGAAGGGUCUGUUCGUUUGUGUUUCGUAAUGUGGGCUCUCCAAGUGGAGGACAUUUCCUGUCGAGUGGGAGAAGCAAUAACGCAUCUGGGAAUUUGGGGUGGGGAGAGGAAGGAAGGAAAUGGUGAGGUGGAGGGAGCUGGUGAGGUCAACGGAUCUUGGGCAUUUAGCAAUAGGGAAAGUCCACCACUCUCCUCCACCAGUUCUCUGGUUCCUGAUGGACAGAAGAUUUGCUGCCUUCUAUGUCUUAUGCCCAUACACUUUCCUCUUUGUAGCUAAUAGCGGUGUGUGUGUGUGGGGGGGGUGGAAUUUAAGCAGAAUGAAUAGACACUUUUCCUGCACCCACAGCUUCAACUCCAAUGCUCUCCCUUGGUCCAGUGCAACUACUCUGUUUGGAGAAAGGAGAAACAGGCUGCAUUCCAGUUGUGGAAUUCCCAUAUUACAUCUGGCCUACCCCUGACAUAACCAGGUGAAUGCUCUCAAAGGAAGACUUAACUGAUUCCUUGGCUUGCACUACAGACACAAUGGAGGUGUGUCUGUCGGGAUAUUUUUUGUGUGCUUUGAAUUCUAACCUGGGCGGGGGCUGUUGAUGCCAUGUGGUGACAUGGCAUAACGAUAGCAGAGUCUAGACCCUCUUCUGGGCCUUCCGACUUCUGGGCACCACCCUCUAUUUCUCAUAACGUUCCCGCAAUCGGGCCUGAUAAGUGUAUAGCUGGGGAUCUUGGCAGAGAUACGCAGGAGUAAAUCCUAGGUCAAGAUAAACUGUCUGAAGGUUGUGUCCAGGCUGCUCAACCAUGUACUACCUUGUGGCCGAAAAUAAGGUUGAGUGGUGCUUCUCGGCAAUAUGACCGGACCGUCUCUUGGAAAGAGUGUGAAGCUGGUUUGAGCAUUUGUGAGGGAAAUCCUCUUUGGAUGCCACUCCCAGAUAGCUCGCACGCACGCACGCACCCCUCUUGCCCUUCGGGGAUGAUAAAUAUGCUGUCUUCCAAGCCCGCUUUUAUGGCGUCUGGAUGGACCGUUGCCGAAUGCUGACUUCUCAUUGUGCCCCUGGAAAAACAGACACAGCCAGUGCUUGUUAUUCUCCGACCACCAGUCGCCUUGACGACCACCACCUUAUGCUAACUCAACACGACUGCAAUUUGCAAUGGAGGUGGCUUGCUGAAGUGGCAAGGCCAUGAGCGUGAUCCUGGUCCCCUUCCAUUUCUGUACACCUGGUACGUGCUUGUGGGUGUGCUUGCCAGAAAUACUGCUUUCCACCUCCCUGCUGAGGCCUUCCAGGUGGUCUCUUUUCAUCCAAGCCGUGUCGCUACCUGGGAUGAAUGCUCUGGGGGUCCAUCCUUCUGAUUUCAACGGGGAGUUUGGCAAGACGAAGACCAGCCAACCCUGCCUUAAAACGGGCGCAGUGUUUUGGUAGUGCUGCAGCUUCACAACAAGGUGCUACAACCAUCGUUUCCGACUUGCUCUCUGAUCUGACUGAGAUGGGUUUUGAUGAAUAUUUUCUUAUGUCCACAGGUUUACUGCUGUGUCUGCCCUCUCUCCAUUUUCUGUGUGUUCUGUUUUACGUUCAGUAGCAGUGCUUGCCAAUUGAGGCCAUGGCCGUAGGAAAUCAUCCCUUGAUGUAGCUCUUAUCUGUGACAGGCGUCUUUUCUGCAGCCUGCAGAGAUUCAGUCCACUCUGAGACUUACUGCUGGAAAAGCAGACCAUCUCUCUUCCUGGCGUAUUCAAGGCACAAGGUCUACUUGAGCAUAAAAGCUAGGUGGGCAGAUGCAGAUAAUCGUACAACUUCCAAGUCUCGACUUGGUCUUUUUCCACUCCAAUGUGGACUUAUGCUUUUUUGCCCUCCUUUUGGAUUUGAUUGAAGUGGAAAUAAUGUGCCUUUCCUGCUCAGGACCUGUUUUUAAAAAUGACCUUUCUGUUGUUUGUGUCUUUAACAUUAUGCUUCCCUGUUCUGUCUUAUGAUUAAUUCAUCCCGACCCUAUUGCAUGGAAUACAAUAAAAGUUGUGGCUAAACCAA